CUGCAUCUGGAACAGAACACACCUGAAGGUUUAAUUUCAGGAAUGAGGAUGAGGAGUUAACGGUACCCACAAUCAUGCAAGCCCACACAAUAUUUUGUGUGUGUGUGUGUACGUAUUGGGGAUAGAAACCAGGCCUUUGUGCAUGCUAAGCAUGCGCUCUACCACUGAGCUAUUACCUUCCCCCACACGCUGUAUUUUUAUUCUGAUUUCCUUCAGUGCCAUGCAUUUAUAAUUUUAAACUCUCCAUCACACACCUAUGCCAUUCGUUCAUUCAUCAAUCAUUUAUUGAAGGCCUAUUAAAAGUCAUGCUCUGUGCUAGAUUUAGGGUUUCAAGGACUAGGAUACUUUCCAGGGUGUGCUGAGCUGCCCCAUAUCAGCUCACAGAAGCCGAUUGUGGGCAUCCCUUCCCAAUUCUGUGUCAAGUGACUUCACAUUGGUAGCUUGAGAUUGGUCACAGGAGAGUAUUCACCCCAUAGAAAUGGGCAAAUGUUAGCUACAAAUCAGGAAUUUUUUUUUUUUCAGAACCAGUUUACUAGGUACCACGGAUAGAGUUUCUCUCCUCACAAAGCCAGCAGUUUAACGAGCAGGCAGAAAGGAAAACUCCCCACCACAGUGCAGUGCGAAAAGUAUGAACAAAUUGCUGUGGGAGCCCAAUGGGAGCCAUCCUUUUCUACAUCAGUGGCUUGAAGGAGUUACAAGGGAGGUGUCAUUUGGAUACGAAAAGGAAAGAAGAAUUUGGUCAGGCAGGGAAAAUAGGGGGAGAGGGGAAGGACAUUCUCGGCAGAGGAAACAGUAUGAUCAAGUAUCUGCAGGUGUGAAAGAAUGUUCGUGGGGCUGGAUGAGGAGGGACGGCCAGGAAGACGAGGCUGGGAGGUCAGCGAGAAGAGCUCUGUCUGCCAAGCUCUAGGUUCCCCACACUGCUUCCAACUUGCUCUGUGGCGGCCCAAAAAGAUCCAGCUGCCAGGAACUCUAUCAAAACCAGCAUUUUCAAUAUGAGGGGAGUUAGUCAUGAGGGGAGUUAGUCUUCCAAAUCCUGUGACCAGCACAAAGCUUUCAGUCAUCUGCUGACAAAGGAGAUGAGGAAUUAUGUGUCCCCAGCUAUCUCAUCUUCCAACUGAUUUUUAUAACUCAGAAGUCUUGGGAAUAAAAACAGAACAGAGAAGAAGAUGACAGUGGUGAUGACUGAAAUCACCAUACAGAUCACCUUAUAAACACACACUCUUACACACACAUACACACAAUCACAGCACACACAAAUCCUCCAUGAGGUGUUUUCUUAGAACCACCUCCCUUUAAAAAGCAGCAGACAAGACCAAAAACAUAUUUUAAAAUGACCCAAGUGCGGUACAACUACAAGCCCCAACUACACCAGUACCAACACGGGAAGGGAAGGGCAUAGGGCUUAUAAGUGAAAAAUGGAGAACUGGAUUUGGUUUCUGACUUCAGGACACAGUAUACUGUACAAUUUUGCUUGUCCACAAGGCCACCCAUCUGUUGAGAGGCCAGCCAGCAGCGGGGCGUUUUUAUAUCUCUCACAUUUCCAGGGAUGGGCCCUUUGGGAAGUCAUUGGCUCUCUGAUGCAGUUGCUCAUGGGUACCUCUUCACUCCCUCUGUCCUGGAGUUUUCUGCUCCCUGGAGGGAACCAGGAAGUCAGCCAGGUGGGCAGGAAGGCACUUCUGCAUCUGGCCUCUUCAACUGCUUGAGUGAUGAGCAAGGGCCCAUGACAUCAUGGUUCCAAGAAGCCGAGUUUGGAGACAAUCUGGUUCAUGGCUGGGUACCAUCGGACGAGCUCUGAGGUUGAGCUGCCUACGACUGCCUUGUGCCACCACACACCUGCAGAGUAUGACGGGUUUCCCCAGGAACUGGCAGGGACCCAGAGCCCUUCAUGCACAAAAGCUGUCUGCUCCAGGCCUGGCAGUUUCCUAGAGAUCCAGUGCUUUGGGGCCAUGCAGACAGCCAAGGCGUGGCGGUACCCGGAGCAGGCUGUGAACUUUUAGGGCAGAACUGGGCCCUUUUCUGGGCCCUGUCCAGGGGCUGUCAGACUGGGAAAGAAUGGAAGAGGAGGGACACUGAUCUCCCAGCUCCUCGCCCUGAACCUCCGACCCCGCCACCUUGCUCCAGCUUUUACGUUGGCUUGGUUCCGAGCUCAAGUACGUGGUCGGCACUUGGGAGAAGAGGCACCAGAGACCCUGAGGACCCAGAUGGAGAGCAUCCACCCACCUGCCCUGCCUAUUUUCCUAUGCUCCUGACCCACAUCACAGACCUGGAUUUCAGUCUGCUUACCUUGAGUUAUUUCCUGCCUGUGCAAGUCCAGGAGGGCGACCCCAUCCUUCCUUUCCAAGUCUGCUCGGCUGCCAGCAAGGGAAGCUUUGUUGGGACUUUGUCAGCUUUGGACUUGGAAAUGACCUCGUUCUUGAAGGCUGCUACUAAUUUAUGGAGAGACGCUAAGUCCUUGGCCAAUACCACAUGGACAUCCAAUCAAUUUAUCCAGGGACAAGUCCACUCAAGAGCAUCAUUUAGAAGAGGUAAAAAACAUUGAGGUUAUUUGUUGUUGGAGUAUAUGUUGAAGAAAAUCUAGUGCUAAGUACUUUGUGAGUUUGCCGGUAGGGUCAGAAUCACUACAAACAUUCAGACAAAAUGCUAGUUACUUUUUUGACAAAAAGCCAAAAAGGAAAUUUUAUUUCACUCUGUAGUAUACGAGAAGUAUCCAAGAUUAUGGAUGAAUAAUCAUCAAGUACUCUUAAAGUAUAAGGCUUGACAAGAAGAAGGAAAAAGCAACGCUGCAAACAACUUACGC